CCAAGCCGAAGCUGGUCAGCGUACGAUCUUCGACCUCACACAUCAACGACCGACGUCCGAAUCGCAAAAAUGGUCAACGUACCCAAGACCCGCAAGACCUACUGCGCUGGCCGCUCUUGCGGCAAGCACACCCUUCACAAAGUCACCCAGUACAAGGCCGGCAAGGCUUCGGCUUUCGCUCAGGGAAAGCGCCGUUACGACCGCAAGCAGUCCGGUUACGGUGGUCAGACCAAGCCCGUCUUCCACAAGAAGGCGAAGACCACCAAGAAGGUCGUCCUCAGACUGGAGUGCUCCGUCUGCAAGCAGAAGAAGCAGCUUCCCCUCAAGCGCUGCAAGCACUUCGAGCUCGGUGGUGACAAGAAGACCAAGGGCGCUGCUCUCGUCUUCUAAACGCCUUCCAUGGGAAGAAUGCGGUGGUAGCGAGGUUGCGAAGCCGGCACUGGUUUUCUUGACUGGUCUUGCAUGGGUUUGCCGUGUCGUAGCGUCGAAGUCAACGGACUGGCUUCGAUGUUGGCACGGGAAAGUUGGUCUUUGAGGUACAUGUACAAUGGACACGGAUGGUCGGGUGCGGGAAACGAACACAAUACCAUCUUUGGGGCGUUUCGUCUGCGGUUUCUAUCUACCAAUGCUGCCACCGUUUUCCUCGCAACUUUUCUCUACACAGUUUCUCCGCCCAGGACUUUUUUUUGGUCAAGGGAUGAUGUGAGAUGUGUCCCGAAGUCACAUCAUUCUUGACCUGUGUGCUGGAAGACGGAGUCUCGAGACGUGCUGAUGGCCAAGAAGCUCAUGGUCAUUAUUCAGCCAGGAAGCAAACCGUGCGGACGAAUACUCUAGUCUCGCAACUGGAGUCCACCAACAGUCAAAUAAUAAUAUCAGCAAGCCACCAACACCCCGAGUUCCAUAGCUGCCCCCUAUGCUGCCUAGCAGUGGCAGCCCGUGUUCUCUUGUUUGACAGUCCU